UGCGUCCGCUGGUCUGCUUGCUUCUUUGCUCUUCUCCGCCGCUUCCUCUGAAUCUCCUUUCUCUCUAUUGACAAAAAUCUUGUUGACAAAAAUCUUGUUGAGGUUUUUGCUAAAGGAGUAGAUGUGGAUACUGUUGUUUUGAUGGCAGCUCAAGCUUCUAGAACAGAGAAUCAAGAUGCAAUUGAUUAUGCCAUUGUUGGAAUGCUGGCUGAUCCAAAAGAGGCUCGUGCUGGAAUUCAAGAAGUUCAUUUCCUUCCUUUUAAUCCAACUGAUAAGCGGACAGCCUCGACUUACAUUGAUAGUGAAGGUAAAAUGCAUAGAGUUAGCAAAGGUGCCCCAGAGCAGAUUCUAAAUCUUGCUCGCAAUAAGUCAGAUAUUGAACGAAGAGUUCAUGCUGUCAUUGACAAGUUUGCAGAUGAUGCUCUAAGACUUGGCUUGGGUAUUAAUAUGUUCAGCCUUUUCCUGUAUAGUACUUAGUUUACUUUCAAAUGGUAAAACGGUGUGCAAUAUCCUAUUGUUUUAUAUUCCUUG